AUGGGUGGCUCGAAAAAGGUGAAAAAUGACAAUCCCCAUACCACAAUUGUUCCGAUUGAGUCUGUCAAAGGACAAAACGUCGACACGGUGCCGAUUUCAUCGAGAAGCCGCAUUUCUGGCGAAAGCGGCCAAUUGAUUGCAGAUGUCCAAUCGCCGCAUGCUAAACGCCAUCGAAUCGUCUUCGACAGGGACCAUAAUGUCUUUGAAUUUCGGCUUUUGGACGGUUCCGGCAAACAUUUGGUGGUUUAUCGUCUUGAUGAGCUUCUUUCAACGACAUGCUUUCCAUUGAAGAUCCGAAAAGGUGUUCCAGUCAUUCCAACGCGGCCAGCUUCUUCUGACAAAACCUUGUUCUUCAAUUUCGUCUACAAAAAGGACAAACAGCGUUGGCGUCUGAAGCAGAUUCCCGUGGUGUUUUAUACAACGUCGGAACGCGAUUAUUGGCAUAGUCUCAUCGACACCACAUUGAGACGUGUUCAGAAUCGCCCGAAGAAUAUUAUCGUGUUCAUCAAUCCGUUUGGCGGAAAGGGAAAAGCCCAGAAAAUUUUCAAAGAUAAUGUUGAAGCGUUCUUCUGGCUGACUCCAGGCCUUCGCUAUAAGGUGAUUCUGACGGAAAGAGCGAAUCACGCGAGGGAUUAUAUCGUGGAAAUGCCGCCGGAGCAAUGGACCGCUCUCGAUGGACUUGUGUCGGUUGGAGGUGACGGACUCUUCAAUGAGCUGCUCUCCGGAGCUCUGUUGCGCACCCAAAACGAUGCUGGCAGAAACAUCGAUGAUCCCAACACGAGUCAUCUCGUCACACCGCACAUUCGAUUCGGCAUCAUUGGAGCUGGUUCGGCCAACUCCAUCGUUUCAACCGUCCAUGAGACGAAUGACUAUGCGACGUCGGCUGUUCACAUCGCCAUUGGCUCCGAGUGCAAUGUCGACGUCUGCACGGUUCACAAAGAUCAGAAAUUGGUGCGAAUCUCGGCCAACGCCAUCUCAUAUGGCUGGCUUGGCGACGUUCUUCGCGAUUCGGAGAGCUAUCGAUGCCUCGGACCGAUUCGAUACCAAUGGAGCGCGCUGAGAACCACAAUCCGCCAUCCGAUCUAUCGUGGCAAAGUGCAAUUCAGCCUUUCGCAUAAGGAGAGCUCGAAUCCCAAAGAUCAGCUGCCGCCAUGUGUCAAACCGUGCGACAUCUGCGAUAAACCGCUAGGUGAUGGAAAUUACGACUAUCAUUGGCACGCUGAGUUCACGCAUGUGAUUUGUUGUGUCAUUCCAACUGUUACACCAUUCACACCACACGGAUUGGCGCCAUUUACAGGCAUUGGCGAUGGCACUCUUGAUCUCGCGAUGGUCCCUCGAAUCUCGCGAUGCCACAACAUGCAGUUUAUGCGAAAAGUCGCCAUGUAUGGCGGCAAGCGGCUUUUCGAGCUCGACCGAAGCCUCAACUGCUACCGUGUCACGAAAUGGUCGUAUCAGCCGGACUCCGAUCAGGAGGAUUCGGGAGUUUGGAAUCUCGACGGCGAGAUUCUCGAACAGCCGAAGAAUGAGCCGCUUCACUUCAAACUCCAUCCGCAAUUGAUCAGCUUUUUCGGACGCGACGCCGCCAUGGUGAAGCCGUCGAAGCGCAGUUUCAUCAGAAAGCGAAAAUCCUCAAUUGUCUAUCAAUAG